AUGGGAGGUGGCGAGGCCAGGGGAAGGAUGGUCGAAGGCAAGGGGAGGGAGAUGGGAGUCAUCAUAUUUACUUUAUUUCUAGGUCUAACAUGGCUGCUGGUAUACAGGACAGAAAAAUAUCAGAAAUUAAAGCUAGAAGUAGAGAGGCAAAGCAAGAAAUUGGAAAAGAAAAAGGAUGCAUUUGGAGAUGGUGGUGGUGACCGCUCACAAAGGAAAAAGAUUGAACGGCAGGAGGAAAAAUUGAAAAAUAAUAGCAGGGAUUUAUCAUUGGUAAAGAUGAAGUCCAUGUUUGCUAUUGGUUUUAGCUUCACAGCACUGAUGAGUAUGUUUAACAGCAUUUUCGACGGCAGAGUCGUGGCGAAGCUUCCGUUUGUGCCCAUAACAUGGCUUCAGGGUCUGUCACAUAGAAACCUUCUCGGGGAUGACUACUCAGAUUGUUCCUUCAUAUUUCUCUACAUUCUGUGUACAAUGUCUAUUCGACAGAACAUACAAAAGCUGCUUGGGUUUGCUCCGUCACGAGCAGCCAAUCAGCAAGGAGGUGGCCUUUUUUCUCCACCUCCUGUCAAGUAGGUUUCCUUCCUUUCCUCCCGGGAGUCUACAUGCAGUGUAGGUAGGCUGACCUAUGUGCUGUUGUGUGCGUACGAUGGUGCUCGCGGAACAAAGCGAUCCAUCCCAAGAUGCAACACUGCCGCCGAAUUCUGAAUGUCAGAUUGAACUUGCAGCGUUUCACAUCUUGAGGGUGUGAUGUAAAUUGAGACAUCGACAAGUGGAAGUGUGUUGCUUGGCAACAUGUUGUGAUGCUGCAUCAGUUUCAUUGAUUAUUUUGUGUUAAAACAAUGGGAUGCGGGGUUACAUCUAAAUUGCUGAUUCUGUCUGUAAUUGUCGAAGAGUAAAUUGAUUUCCAGUUUCCAAGUUAUUCUUGGUGAAGCAGUUGAAUUCUGUGUGAUUACUGAAGCUGUUAUGAUGCAUACAUCCUUCCGUCUAUAGUCAUUAUUCAAUGAAAGUAAUGUACUGCAGUUACAUCAUACCAUUAUUUGUGUAUUUUAGCAAUUUAUUGAUGUGAUAUUUCUUAUAACAAGCCCAUGUCUCCUCUGUAAGUUUUACAAGUGGUGUUAGGGUUUGUGUACUGCAGAUGUCAUUUUGUAAUAACAAAUAAUGCAUUACUAACAGUAAUAUCGCAUUAGAAAUAUAACGUUAUGUGCUAGCAACCAUGGAUUUCGAAAAAGAGAAACAAUUUGUUAUACGUACUCCA